GGGAUAUGACCUACCUUUCCUUCUUCCCCCACGUUUUGGAGAGAAUAUACAGUUUAUCAUUUUUCAAACUUGGACACCGUAUUCGUGGUCUUGUUGAACUGUUUUGUUGGGAGUAUGUGAUUUUCUUGUGUGAGAUAUUGAGCGGACGAACACUUUUUGCGACUGCGACUGAGGUACCUGUACGAAGUGCGACGACGUGAUACCGCCCCGGUACAUAUCUUGAACGUCUAUCCAAGCGCGCGCGCAAAAACCCAUCACGUAUAUCUGGCACCGACAAGAAGAAGGCUUUAAGAAGAUAACGGUACAUUCUAUACAGCAGCCAUGGCCUCGGUUGCCUCCGCCACGGGAACCUCCCCCCUCUCGUCCGACUACAACCUCGAUCCCGAAGACGAACAAGCCUUCUGGGCCGCCGUCCACACCACCAUCGGCGAUGGCACAUCACCAUCGCCGGUGGGCGCCGGCGCUGGAGGGGGGAGCUUCAUGACCAGCCCGGCAAGUCUGAGCAACAGUUUGGGCAGUUCGUGGGCUAUGCUGGGACAGACGAGUAUUGGUGGUCCGGUGAGCCCGAUCAACAGCCAUGAACAGCUCAGUCAGGGGCAGGGGAGUAGUUACUCGGGGAGUUAUGUUGACUUGGGGGGCGAGUUUUUGGGCGCGCAGGUCGGGGAUGGGUUGGGACAAAUGGGGGGGAUGGGGACGGUGGGGAAUAUGGGAGGGGGUUUUAUGUUUGAUACAGAUUUCGGAUUGUAUAACAGCGCCUUUUCGGGAGUUAUUCCUGGGUUGGAGCAGAUGCCGCAGCAACCGCAGCAGCAGCAACACCAACACCAACAACAGAGCUUUCUUGGGAUGGAAGGGGUGGGAGAGAUCAACUUUGAUACCUCGGCACAGUCGGGACCUUGGGAGCCGUUUAACUUGAGAGCCGGACAUACUACGCAGACGGUGAUAACGACAACACCAGAGUUGAUCAACAGGCCGACGAUUACUACCGGGCCACCUAACAACAACAACAACCUGGUCACCAGCGCAAACUCCAGCCCAGGGAUUUUCGUGAUUGAAGAUCCGAGUUUUGACUUUGAGACAAUUUCACCUAGCCCGCCGAGUUAUGUCGAGUAUACGCCUAGUUUGAGCCCGCCGGCGAGCACACCGCCGAAGAGCCCCGGGAUGGUGAUCCGGUGGGAGCAGGGGGUUGUGGUGCCAGAGCAGCAGCAGCCAAAGACGGUGCCGAUACCAGUGAGGAAGAGUAACAAAGGGCCAUCGGGGAGUGCAGGGAAUAGUUAUCGAGUAACGAAGCGUAAGGCCAGCCCAACGGAUUCGAUGAGUUCCUCGACGUUGAGUGCGCGGCUGGCCGCUUCUCAGGGGCAGCUGCAGACUGCAAAGGGGAAGAGUAAAUCACCAAGCCCGACGCCUUCGAGUUCGGGGAGCACUUCAGGACAGGCCAAGUUUUUGAUUGUGACGCCGUCGACAAUUAAUGCGCAUGCUCAAAGUCAGUCGACAAAUCCAAACCAGCAGAGCAAUCCCUUCGAGUGUUUCGAGGCGUUGAGACCUUCACAGCGUGGGAGGAAGGGACCGUUGGCGACGGACACCAAACAAUCUGCCCUUCAAGUCCGACGAAAAGGCGCUUGUUUCUGUUGCCAUGCCCGAAAGGUCAAAUGCGAUAUGGAACGACCAUGCCGCAACUGCGUCAAGCUCACCCAUCAGGUUCCCCAAGCUGUCUGCUGGCAGUUCCCCGACUUCAUGCCUGUUCUGUUUCCAGAUUUCAUCCGCCGCCACUUCCGCAAAGAAGAAAUCACCCAAUUCAUCGAAACAAACGUCUCCUCCUUCACCCUCGACGGCGUCGAACGCCCCUGCACAGUCGAGCUCUUCUCCGGCCUCGGCCUCUCCGCCCGCCUCCAGAUCAAAGCCAAGUUUUUUACUCCGCGAUCUCUGUCAGCGGACGUCCUCCGGCAUUACCACCUCCAAACAGGCCACAACACCGUCGACCUCCAAGCCCGCGGCUCAGCCCCCAUCGGCCUUGACAUCAAAGCCACCACCGGCGCCCAGAGAGAAGAACUCAAACGCAAGAUCAAAGAGUACAUCGCCUCCAUCGUCUCCGAGCCAGAAUACGCCUCCCUGGUCACCUCCAACCUUCGACACACCGACAUACCCCGGAAAAUCCUCUCCAUCAUCCACACCUACGCCCACAAAACCGACUCCGCCAUCGUCAAGCGAGCGCUGGCGAUCUACGCCAUGCAUUUUGUCCUGACCCGGCACCUCUGCCUCACACCCAACUCCAUCACUUCUUUAUCCCCCCUCCUUCCCCCCCUCGACCCGUCCAAUCCGUGGGUCACACCCCGGUUGCUGAACCGCCAGCUCAAAGCCCUCAUCGAUGAUAUCCUGACCAGAGAAAUGCAGCUCCUGUUCGAAUCAUUCUCCAAAUCCCUCAAGCCUAAACUCCGCAAGGAAUGGGCCCCUUGCCUAGCCGCCUUCUUAGUCCUCUGCCUCUUCAUGGAAAGUGUCGAGACGGCAGCAGAUAAUUUUGUCAUUUCUGACAAUGAGAUCUCUCUACGAAACGGGGAGAGGCCAACGUUGAAGAGGGGUUUCGCGCUGGGGGUGAACAGGGAGAUUGAGCAGUUACCUUUCAGGCAGUUUGGCAUCAUGUUUCAUAUGGUGUAUCAGACUUACUCGAGGGAGGUCAGCCAGAGGAGCUUUAACCCGCUCGAGGAGGGGUGGGUGGAUGAGGCGAACAAGGUGGAGGAUAAAUUGUUGGGGAGGGAGGAGGAGGAGAUGGUGAGGGGGUUGAGGAGGUUGAUGAGCUUGGAGGAUUAUGAUGCUUGGAGCGAACUUGAUUUUUUGACGGCUGAUCCGAUCCUGCCAAACGUGGAGGAACACCCCUAUCCAAGGGACGUCGGGUUCAACUACACGGGGAGGCUGGUGGCCAAGUUUUUGUUGAGCUUCCAGCAGGAAAAGUAUAUCACCGGGGAGAGCCCGUGAGAUGGUCCAUGAAGUGAUGGAGACGGCAAGCAUGUGAUGAUACUGCUGCCAGAAGAACACCAACAGCCAGCAGGACUGCUAUUACAAUCUUCCAGCAAGUGAUGGUAUUUUCAGGCGCAAGGAGGUUUGAGUUUAUGGCUUUACGCCAUUAUGAAGGAUACAUGAACAUAUGGCACAAGUACCCAUCCUCCUCAUGACAGCAUGGGAGCAUGGAUGGCAUUUUGGGCAGGCAAAUCAUAGAUAUUUCUCUUUUCUCCAUGUUUGAUUGGCAAAAUGACACACAUAAAACAAAUCAUCAAAAACAAUCUUCAUAUCACAUCAAA